UCAGCGAUCCAGGCCGGGCAGGGAGGAGGGCGGUCAGGGCCGUCCCCAAGGCCCCAGACGCCAGCCCUGGGCCGAGGGGAUCUCCAUGGUGGCCGGGCCUCAGGCUGGACCCCCUCCUUCCUGCGGGCUGCGACAGGCGCGUGCCCGAGCUACGGGUCGCCGGCGAGGUCCCAAGAGGGCCGCGCGCGCCCUGGAUGGCGAAUGAUGGACGCGCUUCACCCGACCCAGCCCGCCGGGCCUAGGGCCUGAAAGUGCUUCUGCCUCCGCCUCCGCUCUGCGUCCUCCCCAGCUGGAGGAAACCUGCAGGCCCUCGCCCACUGCAGCCCAGAAGAGCCAGACGCUGUCUGUCGGUAGCUUCAGAGGUCCACGCCUGGGGAGGCCCCCAGAGAGAGGCGGAACGCUGCGGCCACAGCAACCCCUGGGCUCUGGACGGGGAGGAAGGCGGGCCUCUGCAGACAGGGCUGAGACGGGGAGGGUGCGAGCGGGGGACGGUUAAGUGGGGUGUCUCUUCCAAAGCAGACCGGCCGGCGAACGAGGCCCGAUGAAGAAAGGUUCUGCUGCGCGAAGGCGGCCCAUCCCCACUUCGGCCCGGGAUGUCCUCAUUGCCCUUGAUGCCUGGAGCUUCCAACUCGCCCCCACUAGGCCCUGGGGGUCCCUAGCCGGGGAGUGGGACAGAGUGAAGGCGCUGAACCGUUACUGCCGGAGCCUUCUCCUGUGGUGGAGAUCUCAAGAGUGGAGGAGAGUGAGUUGGCACCAGAGACCUCUGGGGGGUCCCCAAUACCCGGUACCAGUCCACAGCCUGUUAGGAACUGGGCUGCACAGCAGGAGGCACAGCUCCGUCAAGGCUGAUGAGGCUGCCAGCACGGCUCCCUUCCACCUUGAUCUCUGGUUCUACUUCACCCUGCAGAACUGGAUUCUAGACUUUGGCCGCCCCAUUGCCAUGCUGGUGUUUCCUCUCGAGUGGUUUCCGCUUAACAAGCCCAGCGUGGGGGACUACUUCCACAUGGCCUACAACAUCAUCACGCCCUUUCUCCUGCUCAAGCUCAUCGAGCGGUCCCCACGCACCCUGCCGCGCUCCAUGAUCUAUGUCAGCAUCAUCACCUUCAUCAUGGGCGCCAGCAUCCACCUGGUGGGUGACUCUGUAAACCACCGCCUGAUCUUCAGCGGCUACCAGAACCACCUGUCAGUCCGCGAGAACCCCAUCAUCAAGAAUCUCAAGCCGGAGACGCUGAUCGACUCCUUUGAGCUGCUCUACUACUACGACGAGUACCUGGGCCACUCCAUGUGGUACAUCCCCUUCUUCCUCAUCCUCUUCAUGUACUUCAGUGGCUGCUUCACUCCCACCAAAGCUGAGAGCUCAAUGCCAGGGCCAGCCCUGCCCCUGGUGGUGCCCAGCGGCCUGUACUACUGGUACCUGGUCACCGAGGGCCAGAUCUUCAUCCUCUUCAUCUUCACCUUCUUCGCCAUGCUGGCCCUUGUCCUGCACCAGAAGCGCAAGCGCCUCUUCCUGGACAGCAACGGCCUCUUCCUCUUCUCCUCCUUUGCCCUCACCCUCCUGCUCGUGGCGCUCUGGGUCGCCUGGCUAUGGAAUGACCCAGUACUCAGGAAGAAGUACCCGGGCGUCAUCUACGUCCCUGAGCCCUGGGCCUUCUACACCCUCCACGUCAGCAGCCGACACUGAGUCCGGAGGGGUAUGUGCACCCCAGAUCCUCGCCCAACCUCAGGCUGCACGGGGUGUCGAGCCACCUGACCGUGGGCAGCCAGAGGCCAGCCCUCCCCGCCAUCCACCGGCCUGGUCUCUGGUCUCCCUCUGCCAGAAGCUCUCUCUCCCCCCCCACUCCAGGAUCGUGGCACCCCUUCGUGUGAGGCUGACUGCAGGUUUCUGAGUGGCCGCCGAAGGCAGAGUUCUCACGCACUUGUACUGUUCCCUGAGCCGCUCACUAGGGGUGGGGACGUCGUGAGGCUCUUCAGUCAGCCUUGUCUCAGCCUCAGUCUCUGCCUGCCACCAGCAGGCCUGUUCCCAGGAAAGGGGCCCUCGUUCCCCAUGGGACGCCCCCCCCGCCUCCCCCGAGGCACUGGGGCCUGGUCUCCUCCCUCGGCUGCGGGCCCUCGGCCUCAUUUCCCAGCAGUGCCGGCCUGCGUGUGCGCAGGGGUCUUGGGGGCCUGCCUCGCCUCCCCCGGCCCCGCCUCCUCUGCUGUGCUCUCAGGGAGCCCUGUGCCUCAGAGCCUCCUUUCACCCUGCAUGCAGUGGUCCCCCAGCCCCCGUCAGUCCCCGUCUGCUGGCAGCAUCAGGGGUGAGAAGUGUGACUAAAGGCGGUGUGGAGCCCAGCCUGGCUGGCUGCUGCUGCUUCUUACUUUGGGAGUGAAUUUGGGAGGCAGGAGGAGGGCGGUUCCUGGAGCAGGGGAGGGAGUGGCUGGUCUGGGGCCCAGGCAGGAGCCCUGGGCUGACCCCAAGGGCCCACUCAGCCCCGUGUGGCUGAGAGCAGGUGUUGCCACUGUCCGCUGGCCCUCCGUGCCACUUAGUAGGAUCCUGCGGUUGGGGGUCACCUCAGGAGCAAGAAGGGCCUCCUCUAGGUCCCAGCUCUCUUCAGAGGAGUCUGGGGGGCGUUCACAGGGGUGGGGACCAGCAUAGGGCAUCUCCAGACCUGCCCCUCAGAGAUGUCCCACUGAGCCUCCCAGCUGUGCUGCCAGCCCGUUCCAGGGGCUGAAGCAGAGAGGGUGCCCUUUGGGGGAAGGUGGCGGGCCUGGUUUGUGGGAGGUUGGCACUUAGCCUUGGGCAAGUUGUUUAAUCCCUUGGGGCCUCAGCUCUUGAUCUCUGCGGGUCUCAGCCUCACCACACAGCCACCGGGGGCUUUGGGCUACUGUUACUAGAAAACACAGGGGAGGGCCACGCUGAACAGGAGACGCCUCAUUGUCGGCCAUGUUGUGAUGAGAGAAACGCCUUUGAGGAAAGCGGCUUUGUUUCUCAGGCUUGCUGCUGAGGCAUGUUACAGCACGGUAACCCUCCUCACGCCCAGAGUGUGGACAUAAAGACUGGAGUUUAGGAUUCCCACUUUGCCUUUCCCAGGCACCUUUUAAAAUAACCACUCAGCGUUUAAACCCAUAAAAAGCUGGUGACCUCGACCCCUCCCGCUUUAGAUAGGUACUUGGUACCCUGCUCUCUUCUCCCUCAGGAUCUGGGACGGAGGAUGGUCCUUCCCCUGGCUCAUUGCGCCCCCUGGCGUCUGGGAUCUGAAACAAUAAAUCUUGUGGCUCUACUUCCUUCGUGUGGAUCUAUUGAAACUGCCUUCAGUCAAAAGGACCCCAUGGGUUUCAUUUCCCCAGAGUGGGAGCUGGAUGCCGAGGGAGCUGCCUGCUGCCCCUGCGUGGGUGGCUUGUGCCCCCUGACUCAGCAGGUCACAAGUCUGUACAUCCUUAAUCCAUAAGCCAGCUGCGGCCUUUCAGCACACAAGGGCCCCCACCUGCCCAGCAACCUCGUUUGACCCCUUCCCUACCUCAAGGCCACUGUUAACUGCAAAGCCUGCUCCAGGCCUGUUCUCCAUAGAAGGACUUAAUGGAUAUCGUCUGAGCAGGCAUAGGCCUGGUUAUGUGGGGUCUGAAGCUUAUACAAUUUUGGGGGUGCUUGAUAAGAAAACAGUUAAAAAAAAAACAGUGAAUAAAAAAUUAGGUAUGAAAACAAGUGUUUAGAAUGGAAAAGAAAUCACAGCAAGUUAUUGGAGCCUUGGAGAGUCAUGUCCCUCUUGACCAAGAUCUCUUUGGGCAAUUUACUGAAAAUGUUGCCCUAGAAAUACUUCUUAAUUGCACCCUGGCUUCCCUCCACCUAGAAAACUCUAGGCCAGUGGUUUUCAAAGUAUGGUCCUGGCUGGCAGCAUCUAGAUGGCAGGAGAAAAUGCAGAUUCUUCCCCCCUUUCACCUGCUGAAUCAGAAAUUCUGGUGAUGGGGCCCUUCAGGUGAACAAAAUCUCAGCCCCCAAGUGGCAUUGGAGGGGGUUUCUGUUUUGCGGCCUGAGUUGAAGUGUAGCCUACACACGACAAGGUAAAGCAGACACCUUGAGAAUUUUUGUACAGUGAACUCAGGUAGCCACCACCCCGUGCAGGUGUUUUCAGUCAUGAGAAACACCCCUUAGAGACACCUAGAAACACCUAAAAAAGGAGUUGGCCAGGGUGUCUCCGUUGGUGUGCCUUCGGGGACACAGCCCCAAACUCUAGCGCACACUCACCUAAACUCAAGGAAAUGUCACGUGUAUGGUCAGGCCUUCAAGAUGGCUGUUCUCUUGCUCUCCGUACAUCCCUAGCUCGACCAGGCCCUGCUUCGCUCCCAUGACUAUCUAAUCCUCUUAAUUGUAGGGCUUAAUUAGUCCCUGGUCACUGAUGAGCCCACGUGAAGUCAAUUCCCCCUAUAACUGGUAACCUCCUUCCCCCGCAGAGCAGCAAAGAUGGCUGCCGAGUCCCGUCUGCCGCACACGGUGGGGUGUUGCUCCAGGAUGUUGCUUCAAACGUGUAAGAUCCCCUAUCCAGCAAAUCACUGAUGUCUCUGUCACUGUCUCUGGGCUGUUCCUUUGGUCUCAAGGCUGGGCCACUCCAAGGCUUGCAGGCCUGCGGGAGUGCAGCCCAACAAUUGGCGAACCAGCCGAGAAGCCGGGGAAACUCCCGGGCGCACCGAGAUGUCGGGGAAGAAGGACGGGGAGUGGAACGUUGUGAGGAAUCCGGGGGAUGGCCAUCCACUCGUGUGCGGGGCCCUGUGGUGUCUGUCCUUGAUGAAUGAGGGCCGCCAAGAGACUGGCGCAUCCACAGAGCACCCUGAGGGUGCUGCAGAGAUGUCGCUGCCGUUACUGUGGGGAGAAGGAAGCCAGACGGUGGAAGGGGUGGCCAUGGCUGUGGGCUGGCUGCUGCUUUGGAGGCUGAGAAAGGCCACAGACACUGAGCAAGUGCCCAAGGCUCAGGUCAGGGGCCUACAGGUGGGGUGCCAGGCUGGCCCAAACCAAAACUGCCGGAACUUUAAUGGGCAGAUUGAGGGAACAAGACGGGGAGCAGACACUUAGCCCACCACGCCGCGUGGCUGAAGGGAAGGUAGCUUCCCCGACAGGGAGUCCAGAUGGUUGGGGCCCAUCCAGAUGGGAACCCCAAGGCGUGGGACCCUACAGAGAGCACUGAUGAAGAGCAAGAAGAUUGGGACGAGGUCAUCGAGCUCCCUGUCCCCCAGGCGCAGAUGAAGAGCUCUUUUCUCCCCCAGAGCAGAGGCAGCAGACCAUCAGGAGGGAUGCCUCUCUCUCCCAUCAUAAUGGUGAUAUUCUGUUAACCUCAGGGUCUGCUUCCCGUUUCAAAGGAGCAGCCCCCACGCUUGGAGCUCAUUUGACAGCAGAGGGAUGGCUGGAGAAUGCAGACAGAAGGCAAAGACCUGGAUGACCUGUCAAAUACUUGGGUGUUAUCUGGUCAGGUAAGCCCAAAGUGGCACUGUCAGCAGUUACUGGCAAAAUGCAAGCACACCUGUGGCCCAUCACCCCGAAACAAUUACAGACCUGGCUAGGGCUGUUGGGCUGUUGGAGGCCUCUCAUCCCGCAUCUGGCCCAACCUUUUUGACCCUUGCUCAAGCCUGUAAAGAAGGGAGCUCAGUGGGAGAGGACCCCGGGGGAGGAAGAUGCCUUCACCCAAGCCAAGGUGGCUGUUAAACAGAUCCAGGGCUUUAGGGAUAUGAACUCAGGGACAGGCUUGUGAGUUGGACGUGGCCAGUUACCUGAAACGGUUUGGUUGGGGCCUGUGGUAACAGCGUAAUCACAGGAGUGCCCUUGGGCUUCUGGUCCCACCUGUGGAAGGGGGUGGAAUAACGAUGCCGUGGGCUGGAACAACAGCUCUGGGCAAUCGAUGAUGCUUCACAACAGGUGAAAGACAUCUCAGGAGGCGCCCCAGUGACUGUACGUACUCAGGAUCCCACAGCUGAGUGGCUAAAGGAUACCUUCCAGAAGCCCAAGUCCGGGCACGCACAAGUCCGAACCAUAACUAAGUGGCGUGUCUGUUGAAGGCAACAUAGCCCUUGACCUACUGGCCCACCGAGUGCAGAGUUACACGCUGAGGCCUGGUUACCUACACCACGGAGGACCCCACCGGCCUGACGGAGACAGCUGAUCCUCCUGAGAUACCACCUUUAGUGGAAGAAGGCACAGGCUCCAUCCCCUGGGAGGUUUCGUACACCGAUGGGUUGGCCCGGGGUAAUCAGUGCAGGUGGGCAGCAGUGGCCAGCCGGCCUGCAAGGGACAGCAUCUGGAUGGAGGCAGUGGAUAGCCCAGGAGUGGAUGGUGGCGGGGCGACCCUAUGGGGAAAGGACCCCGAUAGUGACCAAGGAACCCACUUUAUGGGCCACGCAAUUCAGGCAUGGGCUGAUAAAAAUGACAGACACUGGCAUCUCCCCCUGCGCUACGACGCCCCUGCUGCUAGGCUAAGCCGUGGGAUGAAUGGACCACUUAACCAGCUGGUGAAACUGGAAACCCGCUCUCUUGACACGUGGACCAGGACGCUAACUCCGCCCCUCCAAGCUAUAACUGAACAUCCCAGGAGCAGUCGACCCAGUGCCUGCAGCACGUUAACCCAGAAGCAACUAGGCAACACCAUCCAAGUUCAACUGUUGACCACCGAAGGACCAGUACUGAUCAGGACAAUAACUUGUUUUCACCCUGGCCACCGGACCUAUUCCUAGGGGAACCCAGUACAAAAUGGCCUGGGACUGGCAGGUAGGACCCCGGCGUUCUGGGUUUGCUGCUUCAUGGGGAAUAGGAUCAGAAAGGGACCUACAGGCUUCACCUGUCCUCCACUUGGCCCUGCCUGACACCAUAAGGUCAUUAAUCCAGGCCCCUGUUGGAGAAAGCACCAUUAUAUGAACGCCAUGGUCUGUUAUGCGCCCUCUCCAGUAUUUGGCACUGGCUGUGGGGACUGAGGGUGGACAGACGGCGUGGGAGUGCCGGCGGAGAUGCAGACCACAAGUAGGGGUGGUGUGAUCUCAGAAUGCUGUUACUGCUUGUAUUUGGCUUCAGGGUCAUGAUCUUCCCCCGUCUUGUGCCUGUAAAGCAUCUCUAUAUUUCGUGCCUAGCCUGAGCAGAGGGAAUCUGUUUGGGAACUGGACAGCAGUGGUGGCCUCGCCAUUGGUAAGUCUGACUGCUGGGUCUACAGCGAGAUGGUAUCGUCAUCCUCCUCUGGACUUCCAUGAAAAGUUGACCCGAUAAGCGCCUGGCUGCAAAGUCUGCCCACCUCUUGGCCUCUUGAUACUCCUUAGCAGCUGUUGGCUCUGUUGCCUUUGUGGUAUUUGGUUGCAGUGCCCUCUGCAUACCUGACCCCAGGGAUAUGGCGGAAGGGGGUCAGACCAAGAUUGUAAGGGUCAUAUAGGGUGUGUAGGGGUUGAGUGUAUGGUCAGGCCGUUCAAGAUGUCUGUUCUCUUGCUCUCUGUACAUCCCCAGCUCCACCAGGCCCUGCUUCACUCCCAUGACCAUCCAAUCCUCUUAAUCAUAGGCCCUAAUCAGUAACCACUACCUACCUAUGUGCUUGCCCCUGCCCCAGCUGCUGGUUUGCCUGGUAACUGAGGAGCCCACCUGAAGCCAAUUCCCCCUGUAACUGGUAGCCUCCUCCUCCCCUGGAGUAGUGAACACUGCUGCUGUGUCCUGCCUGCCACCUUCCAUCCAGAGUGGGGAGUCGCUGCAGGAUGUUGUUUUGGACACGUAAGAUCCCCUGUCCAACAAAUUGUCAUCUCUGUCGCUGCCUCUGGGCUUUUCGGUCUCGAGGCUGGGCUACUACAAGGCCCAACAGUCAUGUCUCCUCCAAGGGACCCUUUCCAGACACAGGGUGAUUCCGAGUAAGCACUUGGCCAGGCCCUGCCGGCCUUCCCCACAGGCCUCUGCUCUGUGCUCCCCACCCUUCCAAGCCCCCACCUGACGUCCCGUCUCCUCUUCUCCCGUGAGGCUGUCAGUGAGAAGUUCCCCUCCUCUCCUGCCUCCCUCCAGUGUCUCCUCUACUCAGCCCAACCGGGAAGAGUGUGAAUCCUCCAGCUGAAAUUCUCUGGGUCUAGAAACGGGUGUGAAUAGGUGACUCGGGAGACACGAAGUGGAGGAAAAGAGAACCUUCCACAUGGAGGUGGUCAAGGGACAAAGGAGGGCCCCAGCUGUCCAUGUGCCAAUUACCAACGCAUCCCUCUGCGCACGUGCAGCCCCUUUCUAGGACCCACUUGUCCCUGGUCCGGGAGCUCUCGUGCAGUGCACAACAUGUGCAGCCGUAUGUGUCGGUCCUGACAAAGUGGCUGGACCUUGGAGUCGGAGCCCACAGGCAGGACAGCCGUCAGCCGUGGACAAGGGAUGUAACAGGUGUCUGGGAGAAGAACGGGGAGAACCCAGCUGUGCCCAGCACUGUAUCUCCAGGGAACCAGCCCCCUCACUUCCUCGGUGGGUGUGGGGAGGGGUGGGGAGCAGCACAAACCACUGAGAAGUGGGGAGAGUCAGCAGCUUCUGCUGGAAGGGGUGGGGGCUGCGGUGGGGAGAGGAGGGAAAGGAAGAAAAGGGGGGAGACUUCCCGGCCGGGAAAGUCACUUAAGCGGCCUCCCUCUGAGCCCCUGGGCAGCCUGUGGUGUGGCCGGAGACUGCAACGCAGGCAUCUACUGCAUCCCCACCCCAAACCACACCCCCCCACACCAGAAGGAGGGGAGAGAACUGACACACAUGCCGAGAACUGACGGUGCACCAGCCAUUUGACCAUCGACAGCCGUGUGACGAGGCCCGGCCAGGACACUGAGGCACAGAGCAGUGAAGUGACACGCCAAAGUCACUCAGCAGAGGGGCCUUAGAGCAACAGUGGCUGUGUCCCUUCUGCAUAAGGCAUCCCAAGGCUCUGGCAGUGGAGGCGGCUGUGCCGUCACGGUGGGGUUUCCUUCCACCUGCAAGGUGGUGUGUGAUGAGCCUUAAGUAAGGCGGUGUGCAAAGUGCCCGACACCUAGGAGGAGCCUGUCAGCCCCCAGCUUAGUCCCCGGAGAGAGAGAGGAAAGACCCCCGGAGGCAGGGCCAGGGACCCCCUUUCUGUGUGUCACCCCUUCUUAGUGUCCACAGAGGGCUCCCAGGGAGAAACAGCAGCGUUUGUCCUCUGGCUACAGAGCUUCAGCCUCCUGAUGCAAGACUGAGUGCUGGGGAAGCCCUCGUGCAGCCCCGGUCUCUCAGAAUCCAACCUGCCACUAGCCCAGGCAGGCCGGGCAUCAGCAGUGCACGGGAAGCUGGAAUCUGACCCCUGGCGUUGGGCCUGGUCUCCAUGGCAGCCGUGGAUUUAUAACCCGGGCCUCCACCCAGCUUGGCGGACUUUCGACUUGAAGCCGGGAGGAAGGGGAACAGGAAGGCGGUUCUGGGAGCAGCGAGCGCACGGGUGGCAACCGGAGGCCCCGCGAUGGCCAAGUUUCUUUCCCAGGACCAAAUUAAUGAGUACAAGGAAUGCUUCUCCCUGUACGACAAGCAGCAGCGGGGGAAGAUGAAAGCCACUGACCUCCUGAUGGUGAUGAGGUGCCUGGGGGCCAGCCCGACGCCGGGGGAGGUGCAGCGGCACCUGCAGACUCACGGGAUAGAAAUGGAGAGCUGGAUUUCUCUACUUUCCUGACCAUUAUGCACAUGCAAAUAAAACAAGAGGACCCAGAGAAGGAAAUUCUUUUGGCCAUGUUGAUGGCGGACAAGGAGAAGAAAGGCUACAUCAUGGCGUCUGAACUGCGGUCAAAACUCAUGAAACUGGGAGAGAAGCUCACCCAUAAAGAAGUGGAUGAUCUUUUCAGGGAAGCAGAUAUUGAACCUCAUGGCAAAGUGAAGUAUGACGAAUUUAUCCGCAAGAUCACCAUUCCUGUGCAGGACUACUGAAUGAGGAGAAGGCAAGAGAGCCUCCCCUGGGCCGGAAAACUCAGACCGAUGAAUCUUUAAAAAGAAAAGCGUUCCUUUCACUUGUGGGAGAUGGCAAACACAGCAAGAUGACAUACCUGACCACAGCAGCGGGUAACUUAGCAAGGAAACGAAACGAUUUCAGCUACAGUAUUAGCAUGUCUUUAAUAAAAGACUUUUACUGAUUUUAAUAACUAACUACCAUCAGUCUCGCCCUUUAUAUCAUGGAAAGAGCCUAUGGUUUAGAGUUGGGCCAGGGUUCCAGUCCUGACUCUGCCACUUCUGAGUCAGGUGAUUUUGGGCAAAUCAUUUCACCCCUCAAAGCCUUAGGAUCCUCACUGAGGUUGGAUUCCUACUUCUUACCUCAUGGAGCCUGUUGAGAAUGGUCUUCAAAGGGCCUUUGCAAAUUGUAGAGCACAGUGUAAUCCUAGGUUGCCAUGGUCGUGCUUCUCCUAAAAAGGGCAAUUUACCGAAAGACUAAUAUUCUGUAUUUGGGUGCUAGAAUCAUCUUCCGCAUUUCCAAGAUAAAGCUAGCUGAGAAACAGCAACAAACAGAGAGCUCAAACUAUGGCAACAGUUCUUGCAGCACCACAGGGUCACAUACAAAUUCUCAUUCCCAGUGCAUACUAAUGUAGUUCAGGAUAUUCAUUCAUAAACAGGAUAAAAAACAGGUUUAAAACAAGGCAGCAUCAGCUAAACCCUGGGAAGAGUGAUCCGACUACACCCCAAACCAAAGGAAACCAGAUGUGACGAGUUGCAUUCACUGAGGCCUUGCAGAGCUUGAGAAGACCUGUUAUGAUGCUUCUGUCAGAAUUUUGAGCUCCUCCCUGACCCAUUAUCAGAGAGGUUCAUGGGACUGGGAUGGUCUGCUCAAGUGGGCCAAACUGAUGAUGGCUUCAAGCCAUUUCCUCAGGACUAAUGGAAAGUAAUAAGGGGAUGGAACAGGCCACAGCCAUGACCCAGAGAGAGAGCCCUGGAAAACAAUAGUAGGGGUACUGGUCCUGCCGGGAGCUUUUCCAGCACAAGUGGCUUUUUAAGUUAGUUAUGUAGCCAGGAGGUGCCAGGCUGGUGCUGCCUGUGCACUCAUCAACGGUGUGGAUCCAUCGCUAGCGCCAGCACAGCCCUAAAACGGGCUGGAGUCACACACCAGCAUGCUGAGGGCGGAGCGGGGCAGAACUCUUAACUACAGAGAUUUUCAUCCUUAUAUGUAUCAAAACUGGGAUCUCUGGGCUGUGGCUUUUUCUAAUUGUGCCUUAGUGGCUAAAGCAAAAGAAAACCAAAUUAAGAGGGAGGUGCGUCUCUGGGGAGGUUUACACAGAACGCAAAUCUAAGGGCCAGGAACAAGGUAAACUUCAGGGGACAAAACAGUCACAGUCUUAGUGCAGCUAUCUCACGAUGCUGCAUGGCCUCAGACCAAAUGGAGGUCCUGAGAAAGGAGAGCCGCUUUCAUUUCCCCAACAGUGUAACUGCCAAUGAAGUGAGUAGGAAUUCCUAGGAGCUGCGUGGGGGCAGGCAGUAUAUGGGCCCCAAAACACCAAGUAGGUGACCUUGUGAUCGUCAGGCUGGGGAUCUUAGGCUCACUCGGUACAGGGGCAGAUCCAGGUUUUGUGGGGUCUGAGGGUUAUACGAUUCGGCAGCCUUCUUUAAGAAUAUUACAGUAGAAAUAUAGAAUUACUAGGGCUGCUCCUGGGACCCUGGAAGAGACCAGAGCAAGUGAGGGGCCCUGGUGCUUAAACUUCAUUACCUUCAUGGUAAAUCCAUCUGAGGGCUGGUUAGAUGUUGGCACCCAUGUUGAACUGCUAUAUUUCACUUUCAGGCAAGGCUCAAGGGUCCUAGUGCGCCACAUUUCUUUUUAACUCAUCAUGGACAUGAGGAAGUUAGUCCUGCACAGCCACUCUGGAAUACCAAGGAUUAGACAGUAGAUACCUGUGAUUUAGAUGGGACAGGAAAAGGAAGUUCUGGGCUAUAACAAUAAACGAGGGUACGUUCCCUCAAAGCUUUGUCUUUAUAUGCCACUGAAUGGUAACCGUUUGGUUUCAAAGCAAGUUUUAUGAAUCUCAUUUGCCUAACAGGAACCUGAAGUAGACCUUGCCAAAAACAUAAGUGGUGUGUAACAGCCUUGAGAACCUGGGGCUUGUGUCCACUGACUCAGUGUUCCUCAUUAAGGGUGUUCAGUGGGUAGGAUUCCAAGAUCCUGGGAUGUGCUCUGAUUUAAACUUCUACCCCAGGAAAGGCUCUGACACUACCCCAUGCCUGGGUUUCAUGCUCAUUCCUGAAAUUCCUGUUGGUUUACCUAGCACCAAGUAUUGUUUGCAAAGAAAAGGCCACGGUGCUCUUAACAAUCAAAUUGCAGAUUAAACAGAUUUAAAACUAAAUGGAUGCUGUGGUUCAUUACAAAGCUAGCCAUAUUUCAGUAAGAAAGGGGAAUGAUAGCUGUAUAUUCAUUACUUACCUCAAAGCAUGUUGCAAGAGAAUGAGUUACUUGUCAUGCUUUGAAAUCUCUGGAUCAGAGGGGCUCUGGAAGCACAAAGCAUCGUCACUUUUUCUCAUAGGGAUUGUCCCCUUGUAUACGCAGCAGUGUAUUUUACAGAAGACAAAUUAACUGAAGGCUUUUCUUUUAUUACAUCUAAAGAGCUCUACAUAAACAGGUAACAUUCAAUAGGUAAACAAUUUUUUUUCCAAUGCAUGUAAUAAAUAUUUUCACUUGGUACUUUUAUACAAACUGACAUUGGUCUACUAUACAUUUUUAAAAGCCAUUUUACUGGUUUGGCAUGCGGUAUGGAAAUUCUAAGAGAGAAAGUUUUAAGGCAAUGAAUCACAGAUUUAAGUUCAUGGAAUUUAUGGUAACUUUUAUAUCUGUUUAUAUACAUUUUUCCCCUUUGUUAAUUAAACAAUUAACAGCAGCACACUCUGGGACCACCAGCUAUUCUCCCUCCCUCUUUCUGAAAUCUAAGCUUUGUAUUUUCUUUUAAUUAAAAAACAGAAUUCAACAUGUAUUGAUAAAACAAAACUCUUACUAAAAUAAUUUCAAAUGUG